GGAUCGUUCGCAAAGUGGGGAGAGGGUACCUACUCGGUAAUGUCGGUGGAAAAAGUUUAUCCUCGUAUUUCCGAACACGUGGUGACUCGGCGCGGCGGUAUGGUUUUAUUCAAAAUUUACAUAGUUUAACCGUUUACCUGUGUAAAAUAAGUUUCGAAUUACAAACGCGAAAAUGUCGAAAACUAAAGAAAAAGAAGAAACGGGUGAAAACUCUUCGGACGGAGGUUUCAAAAUGAAAAAAGAGUUGACGUUACUUGACGGAGUUGCGAUUAUAGUGGGUGUUAUAAUUGGUUCCGGUAUUUUUGUUUCGCCGAAGGGUGUUUUAAGGUAUUCUGGAUCGAUGGGGAUGGCUAUCAUUGUGUGGGUUCUAUCUGGAAUAUUAUCUAUGCUUGGUGCGCUAUGUUAUGCCGAAUUAGGUACCAUGAUUCCGAAAUCAGGAGGAGACUACGCUUACAUUAUGGAUGCCUUUGGACCAUUACCAGCUUUCCUCUACCUUUGGGUGGCUCUUUUCAUUUUAGUUCCUACUGGCAACGCCAUUACUGCCAUGACGUUCGCUCAAUACAUCAUACAGCCCUUUUGGGGAGACUGUAAAGCUCCUGUGGAAGCUGUAAGACUGGUUGCGGCUGCGACAAUUUGUGGACUGACGUUAAUUAACUGUUAUAAUGUUAAAUGGGUAACCAGAGUAACAGACACAUUCACAGCAACAAAAAUCUUUGCCCUGCUCAUAAUCGUCGCAGCUGGUUGUGUUCAUUUAUUCAGAGGCCACUGGGACCACUUUCACUCUCCAAUGGAGGGUACCAACUGGGAACCAUCGCACAUAGCUCUGUCAUUUUAUAGCGGUCUCUUCUCGUACUCAGGAUGGAAUUAUUUAAAUUACGUAACUGAAGAGCUGAAAAAUCCAUACAGAAAUCUUCCAAGAGCAAUUUGCAUAUCCAUGCCAGUGGUCACAGUCAUAUACGUUGUGACAAACGUAGCCUAUUUUGCAGUAUUGAGCCGUAACGACAUUCUGUCGUCUGAUGCAGUAGCCAUCACAUUCGGUGACAAAAUGUUGGGAUUUGCAUCGUUUCUGAUGCCAGUGUUUGUUGCCUGUGCAACGUUUGGCUCUUUGAACGGAGCCAUUUUUGCAUCGUCGCGCUUGUUUUUUGUUGGAGCUCGUGACGGUCAUCUACCAAGAGCUAUCUCAUUGAUUGACGUUAAAAGACUGACUCCGGUACCUUCGUUAAUGUUUAUGUGCAUCAUAACUCUAUUCCUCCUAGUCGCAGGAGACGUCUACGUCCUAAUCAACUACGUUCAAUUCGUAGAAGCCCUGUUCAUCACCAUAAGCGUCUGCGGACUACUCUACAUGCGUUACACAAUGCCAGAUGCUAAAAGGCCCAUAAAAGUGACUUUAAUACUGCCAAUUACAUUUUUGAUCAUUUGUGCCUUUUUAGUUAUAUUCCCGUGCUACGAAAGCCCUCUGGAAGUGGGUAUCGGUGUCGCGAUUAUUUUGAUAGGUAUUCCAGUGUAUCUAGUGACUAUAUGGUGGAAAAAUAAGCCGAAAUGGUUGCAACAAUUGUUUGACGGUUUUAAUGACGGCUGUGCCAAGUUGUUCAUGUGUAUACCGGAACAAGUGGCCCAAAAGGAACUGUGAUCUUUUUCUAGUUUAAAUUUAGAUUUUUUUUCUGGUAUCUAUGGAAGAUGCUCAAAAAGAUGACGCUUAAGUUACUCUAGAUAAAGUUGCUCAAUUUGUUGGUGUAUGGAAAAUAUUAAUGUCUCGCGCUCUUUUUGAAAGAUGUGCUUUUCCGCACCAGUAGGAUGGCUAACUGGGGGCCGCAGGCAGCUCAAAAUAGCAAUUUUCUUUGUUAGAUGCCUAAGCAUUCAAUUUUUGUAUGUGACACUAUAGUUUCGUUCCAACACAGCAGGAAACCGUGAAGUGUACCGUCACGAUUCUGCGCAAAGCCUAAAGUUUGUGCGUAGAAUCCGAAAUUCGUAUACAGAGUGGUUUUCAAACCGUUCAUGAGAAAGUUUUUGAUGUGUUGGAAGUGUUGGAACAGGCCUACUGUAUCAUAGUGGUUGGGGUAGGUACGAAAAAUGGAAUUUUUUCUUGGAAAAAUUUUGUUUCAAAUAAGAGGCGACUCUAAGUAGUAAAUGGCAUCUACUUGUUGCUUCCUCUUUCCAAAAUUUAAGUUUUUAGAUUAAACUUUGUGACUUAAUUUUAUAAAAUUGACCGAAUUAAUAAUUUCCCGUAAUCUAUGGCCUUCUAAUGUAAUUUAUAAGGAAGUUAACGUUCCGCUGUAAUUAUUAUACAAUACGAAUAAUACCAUCUAAAGAAAUUUUUUGUAUAUUUUGCUCUUAUAUUAAUUGAUAAAAGAUGUAAACUAGGAUAGGAUUGAUAUUAUCUAGUUUUAAGUUUAUACUUACAAAACUUCUUGUUGAAAUGAUAUCUUGUUCAAAAAAUUCAUAUAGGUAAUUUGUAAGAUAUAUUACUGUAAAUAGGAUAAUUUAGGUUUUUAAAAAAAAUCUUCUCAUUCCAUUAGAGCUUUCAUUGUCUUUGUAAGUCAAAAACGGCUCGAAUUAUUUUUAAAUUAAGCAAUUGUAUGAAGCAAUGUAAUUUUUCACGGUGUCGCUUAAUUUGUUGAUUCCUUUAUAAUAGGUUUUAUUAAAGGAGUCAUGACUGUCAUUGUUGCUUUUGUUUACUAAUUGAAUAAUAAAGUUUAUAAGUGAGAA